ACGAAAUCCAUCCAGCUAAAGCUACUCUUCUGAAUCAGGCCUUUGCGAUCAUAUAUACCACUCGCUCACGAAACGGUGGCAGUGCCUUUCCUCCUGCUGCCCUGCACGAUGGCGGCGGCUCAGCAGGUCAUGGCAGCACCUGUUCAUGACAAUGACAAUCGCUCAAAGGAGGAGAAGAACCGUGAGAUCAUCCAAGACACGCCCUGCACAGAGGCGGAAGAACAAGCUCCUGAUGCAAAGGUGCGUGACAACGGCGACUCCAUGGACGAGGAGGUCACGAUCGCCGCUGAUACCGAUGAGGGGCGGGGCUUAGCACGGGAAGUCGAAGCCAAGCUCGCUGUCGAGCCUGCAGAAGAUAGAGCAAAGGAAACCAAGGAAGGAAGGCCCCGCCCGGCGAAGAAGACUGAGAAAGCGGCCGCCAAGGGGGCGGUCGUCCCUGUCGACGACGACACUGAUGAUGGUGAGGCUGCUGAGCCGAAAGGGGCAAAGAAGACCGAGAAAGCGGCGGCCAAGUGGGCGGUAGUCCCCGUCGACGAUGACACUGGAGAUGAGGCCGCUGCGGGGGCAGCGCCUAUUGCUCUUGAGGAGGCAGAGUCAGCUAGCGAGGAAGCGGGCGAAGGUGGCACGAAGUGUGAGGAGAAGGCUCACGAGGAAUAGGGGAUGUAUUGCGGUGGUUUGCUUUGUCAGAUUCAAUAAGCAUCUCAUAAUGUAAAACGUUUUUAGACACUAGUGUAGUGUCAAAAAACAUGGAGUAGUUAAUUCGGUCAGGUGUAAGGUUGUAAGUGAAGCAAUCAGGUGGAGUUGUAGUGUAUUGCCUACAAUAAAAUUGUGUGGUGUUUUCUUCUACAACACACACUAAAAA